AUGUCAUCAGAGACUUACGACGUUGUCAUCAUCGGUGGCGGGACCUCGGGCCUUGUUCUGGCCAAUCGCCUCUCUGAGGACCCAAACUUACAGGUUAUUGUCCUCGAGAGCGGCCAGGACCGUAGCGCAGACCCGAAUACUCUAACUCCAGGAGCUUGGCCGUUGCUGUCCAAUUCUCCGGCUGACUGGACAUUCCAAACGGUCCCAGAGAAAGACCUCAAGAGACAGAUCACAAUCCCGCAAGGAAAAGCCCUCGGGGGUUCUAGCGCCAUCAACAGCUUCCUCUUCACGUCCACGUCCAAGGCGAAUGUGGAAGGAUGGAGGAAUCUUGGCAAUGAGGGCUGGGACUACGCUACGUACGAGGAGGCCCUCAAGAAAUCAUUUACUCUACACAAGUCCCAGGGUGUGGCUGAAGGCCAAGGUCCCCUCCAACUUACACUUGCCACGGGAGAGACUCUUUGGGAAAAGGCCUGGAUCAGCGGCCUUGAGUCCGUGGGGUUUCCAAGGACUGAUCCCCUCUCCGGCCGUCUCGGAGGAGCAAUCAUCGCACCGGAGAGUAUCAAUGCUAGCACCAAGCAGAGGAGCUAUGCCGCCAAUGCGUAUCUAGAUCCAGUGAGAUCGAGACCAAACCUGGCGGUUCGAACUGAGACAACUGUGACCAAGGUGCUUCUUGAAAGACCUUCGACAGAUGCCGAUGCUGUCGCAAAGGGUGUUCAAUUUAUCUCCAAGGACGGAUCUACCCAAACCAUUGGAGUUCGCAAAGAGGUGAUCAUUUCUGCCGGAGCCAUCAACUCACCCCGACUCCUCGAGCUCUCUGGUGUAGGCGAUGGUUCUUUACUUCAGCGCUUGGGGAUCAACGUCGUAGUCGACAAUCCGCACGUUGGCGAAAACCUGCAGAAUCACCUCUUCACCGGACUGACGUUUGAAGCACGCGACGAUGUGGACACGAUCGAUGCCUUUUUCCGCCAGGAAGCCGAUGCUGUUGGUGCUGCCAUGCAGGACUAUGCCACCAAGGGGACGGGUCCUAUGGCAACCAGCAACAUGGUAACAAUGGCCCAGCUUCCAUUGCCCGAGUUCCAUUCUGAAGAGGGACGCAAAGAGCUCGACGGGCUCUUCAGUGCCCUAGGCGCCGGUUCUGGCUCUCCAGCGACCACGCCGGCCUUUGCCGCCGCACACGAGAGGUUCGUGCGCUCUGUUCUCACCAGUCCUUCGGAAGCAGUGGGCAACUACGUCUUUGGCUCAGCAUAUGCGCCUUUCGACGCUCCAAGCCCGACCUAUCGCGCUCCGGGCAAGCACGUCUCGGUUGCAAUUGAGUUAUCGCACCCGCUCUCCCGCGGCUCGGUGCAUAUCACCAGCGCCGACCGGGAACGCACCGGCACGAGUGAAGGACUGACCGUUGACUGUCGUUACCUGUCGCACCCCCUCGACCUCGAGGUGCUUGCGCGCCAGGUUCGCUUUACGGAGGACAUGAUCAGCCGCGCGGAGCCCCUCACGCGCUACUUGAAGCCGUACUCGAAGCGUUUCACGGACCUAGAGGCAGCGAAAGACUACGUCCGCCGUACCGCGGACGGCGCUUACCACUACACUGGUACAUGCUCCAUGAUGCCACGUGCUAUGGGUGGCGUGGUGGAUAACAGAUUGCGGGUCUAUGGUUGCUCCAACCUUCGCGUGUGCGAUGCGAGCGUAGUGCCUCUGGAGCCAACGGCAAAUCCCCAGGCAGUUGUCUAUGCGGUCGCCGAGAUGGGUGCUAAGUUCAUCAAGGAAGAUCUGCGCUGA